AUGAAUGAAUAAAAAUUACGAGAGAUGAUGAAGAUCUAUACAGUUUCAAAAUAAGUUAAUAAAAAGGCUGAAAAGAAUUUUAUCAAAUUUUCUAGUUAAUAUUAUAAAUUGCAUAAGAAUGACAUGACACCAGAUUUAUUGACUGAGGUCAAUUCUCUAAGAACAAUAAUCAAGUCUGAUAGAGUGGCAUUUUCUAAUUAAAAUUCUCCUCAAGUAAGUCCUCGUCUAACAACCAAUCCUUUGUUUAAUUGUAAGAAAAAAGUUACUCAAAAUUUAUUAUAGUCAAAGAUGUGAAAUCAAAUUUAAAUUCCAUAUAUACAGAUGAUAAACAUUAAGAAAUUUACAAUCUUUAUGUUGAAGAAAUAAAUGAUCUUAAAUCAUGUUAUUAUAUAUAAGUUAUUUAUAGAAGUCCAUAAGGCCAAUUCUAUAAUAAAAUAAUAAAAAAGUGA